GACACUCAUUGAACUCAGUGUUUGAAAGACUGUGAUUCCGCUCCGAGAAAUGGCAGAAACCGCUCCAGCAGCCGCCGCUCCGCCGGCCAAAGCGCCCAAGAAGAAGUCCGCCGCCAAAGCCAAGAAAGCAGGUCCCGGCGUCAGUGAGCUGAUCGUCAAAGCCGUGUCCGCGUCCAAGGAGAGGAGCGGCGUGUCCCUCGCCGCCCUGAAGAAAGCUCUCGCCGCCGGCGGCUACGACGUGGAGAAGAACAACUCCCGCGUCAAGCUCGCCCUCAAGAGCCUGGUGACUAAAGGCGCCCUGCUUCAGGUCAAAGGGACCGGCGCCUCCGGCUCCUUCAAGAUCAGCAAGAAGCAGACCGAGACCAAGAAGAAAGCGGCUCCUAAAGCCAAGAAGCCCGCGGCCAAGAAACCCGCUGCUGCCAAGAAGCCCAAGAGCGCAGCUGCAAAGAAGCCCGCCGCUAAGAAAUCCCCCAAGAAGGCCAAGAAACCCACUGCCGCCGCUAAGAAGGCCACAAAGAGCCCCAAGAAGGCGACGAAGAGCCCCAAGAAAGCGAAGAAGCCCGCGGCGCCCAAGAAAGCAGCCAAGAGCCCCAAAAAGGCCAAGACCGCCAAACCCAAGACGGCAAAGCCUAAAGCUGCCAAGCCUAAAAAGGCAGCUCCCAAGAAGAAAUAAAACUCUUCUUGUUUCUUCCCCGACGGC